AUGUUUCAAGUGUGUACGUUUCCAUUCACCAUCGUAAUUGUGUGCAAUGCACUCAAGCUGUUCACGAAAGGCGGAAUAUCGACUCCAUCUUCCUCCAUUCCGGAGAUGGAGAGAGGCACUCCGCAGCAUAGUCCGAACAAUUUAGUCAGCCGUAUUCUACAGGUAGCCCUCGGGCUAUUUGUAACGACGCAAGAUCUUCCUCCAUAUCCGUCAAAUCAUGAAUAUUUAUCCUACGAUUGCUCAUUCGACAGCGAUUGCAGAUGGGCCUCUGUUGGUGGUACAAUGGAUCACUGGCGAAUUGCGAGAGGUGAACCUGACAGCCUACUAUGGCUGGCUGCAACGGGAACGAUGCAAUUGCCAAGAGAACCGUUUGUGCUCAUAGAGCAACGAGGCAAUCCUGUUGAUGCGCUCAUGACAGACGAAAUUCGAUGUCAAAAAGGCUCAGCUGAUUUGUCUUUCAUCUACUGGGCUAUCGGUAGUGCCGACUUAGAAAUAUGCCUGACGGACAUCAACGGUGAACGAUUCAACUGCACAGGAAUGCUUGCUUCACCAGUUAUGCCUGGCAAAGUAUUUCUAAAGAUUCCAGAGAUUCAGAAGCCGUUUCGAAUAAUGAUAGCGUCUAACAACCAGCCAGGCGUGCUUGUCAUUGACGACAUUCGUUACGAUGCAAGCACGUGUCGAGAUGGAUCUCCGCCUCCGAUUGCCCCAGGAAUGCGAGGAAAGGAAAUCGACAUUUUUGGGUCCACUGCCAUUCCUCCAAAAGUCAUACCAUGGACAAGAAGGCUGGUCACGACGUCUACAAGUGCAAGCACAUCAGAGCUCACUACUGUCACGACGACCGAAGCAAUAACCACAUCUCUGAUGCCUAUGACGGAAGAGCCAACUGAAGAAGUCAUCACAUCAACGACAAACUCUAUAAUAGAAAGAAAAACGCCCCCCUCCCUACCUUCCACAUCGACGGAGAUUCCAUUCGAAUUGAUGGUACUUGGCAAUAAGACACGACCAUUGUUUGAUAGGAGAACAGGUAACAUCGUCAACGAAUCGGCAAAACUCCUGUGUGAUUUUAACAAUGAGUUUGCGUGUCAGUGGGGAGCUGAAGCUGGCAGAUGGGCUAUAAUUGAUCGAGCUGAUCCUACUCUGUUGCCUUCCUACCCCGCAGCACUGGUGCUCCAAGGUACAGCUAUGUUGACAAGUGAUCCUGUGCGUUGUCAAACUGGACCAGGGAAGCUUCUGUUCCGAUAUUGGUCAAAUGGAGACAUCAUACUUCAAGUAUGCGUUCUUGGCUAUGGUGUCGACAGUGAGCUGAUCGAAUGCAUAGACCAAGGCGCCAGCACGAAACACGAAAGCCGUUUGGCUGUGUUCGACUUGACAAACAGCUUCAAAGAACCUUUUACGCUUAAUCUUGUUCCUCACUGGGAGAAAGGACUGAAAAAUCGUUUUCUUGUUAUUGAUGAGAUCGCCUACAUUGGCGAAUGUGCGCAAGUAGAAAAACUUGGAAUAUCUGCGACCAGUACUUCAUCACCAGCUACCCUAGUAACCACACCUCGCUCUACCAAAGUGAUGCCAGAACCCACUGAAGAGCGAACACAACCUCCUUUGAUCAUAACGGGAACAAGAAAAACGACCUGGCCGCAACCAAGGCUCAUAAGUCUACCAUCCGUCCAUGUUGUCAAACCAUCAACAAAGGAUCCGUAUCCCAAGAAAAAGCCCUACCCAACGCGUAUUAUCUCAACCACUACUCGGCCAAGCAUUCCCAGAGAAAGGAUCACAAGCAGGUCCACCACUGUAAGACCUCCAUUCCGUUGGGUGACUCCGACGCGAUUUACAACUGAAGAGCCAGUCCAUGAAAAUUAUUGCGAUUCUCUCAACUGCAAUUUUGAUGAAAACGCCUGCAGCUACCUUAAUCAUGGAUUGACAAAAAAACCGUGGACCUUGCGAAAUCGUGGUUACGGCUACCCUCUUACUGGAACCAGUGAUAUACGGCCGACAUCCACUAACGGACAAUUUGUAUCCACAAUCCUUGAUCCAGGCGACAUUGCAAUUUUGGAAUCACCUAAGAUGAAUGCAACACGUUCGCUGAAUGUCCUUCUCUUCCAGUAUUUCAGGCCUUCACAAAUGACAACGAUUCGAUUGUGUUUAGGCUCACGAUAUACAAAUCCAUACCGAACUGUGGCGGCAUUUACCCACUGUCCUUCUAUUCUUCGCUCUGUCACCACGAAGAAUGCUUAUCGGUGGAACACCGUGCAUGUGCAAUUGCCUCCAGGAACCACACAUUUUUACUUGGUUGCGCAAAACAAUGAAAGAUCCGACACUCGAGCAGCGGUGGCGAUAGACAACAUGAGAGUGGCCAUUUGCGAUCCACGCAGCUUUUCUCCGGACUACUUUGAAACGAUGGGAGAGCAGCAUUUUGUCGAUUACGAGCAUGGCAACUAAGCUGAUCCCAAAUGCCCACCACUUUUCAGUCUUCUGAAAGAAUGCAAUGUAGCCACGUUUGAGUGGCAAUUUGGCUGUAGUUCAGCAUGCAAUUUAGAUUUGUUCAUAUUUUUUUCUCUUUGGCGAGCACUUAAGGUUCACAGCCGGAAGAAUAUAAGAACCUACGGGCGCGAAUGCGGUUUGUUUAACUGGGCGCAUGGCCCUUCGCGACGACAUCAUCCUAAAAUCUUUUUGAUAAGUCCCCUUUUUUGGAUUUCCAGUAAGAUAAUGCACUCUAAACAAAAUCGCACAAAAAUG